UGUAAGUUUUGAAAGGAGCUCUGUGUGUCUGCAUGUGUGUGUGUGUGUGUGUGUGUGUGUGUGUGUGUGUGUGUGUGUGUGUUCAUUUAGGGGGUAGGGAGAGCAGAAGAGGGGACUGCUGUCAUUACACCUCUCGCUCAGAGACGGCAAACAGACAAAAGGGGGUGAACAAGCUCAGUACCUCAGGAUCAGUCGCUGCGUUCACAUACAGACAUGACUUGCAAACUCUUGGUCGCUUUUUCCAUCUGGCUUUUGCUGGCAACAUGUGAAGCUGGAAGGCAGAUGCCAAAACUCUCCAACAAGAAACUCUGCACUGAUUCUGACUGCAGCCAUCCCAUCUUGAUAGCUCGUGCAGUGCAGGACUACUAUCCUGGAGACUGCAGGUUCAUCCCCAUCAGACAGGGCCAGCUGGUUUACGUAUAUGCAAUGCUAAAAGACAGAGGGAACCUCUUCUGGGCUGGCAGUGUUCAAGACUCUUAUUACGGACAACAGGAGGCUCGCAUUGGCCACUUCCCCAGCAGCGUUGUGGAGGAGACGCAUCCUCUCAUGCCGGCCAGCACUGAAGUCACAACUACUAAAUGGGACUUCUACUGUAACUGAUGAUGCAUUUGUCAAUGAAGAGGUCAACCUUCAAAUACAGAAUGACUUUGUCACAUGAUCUUACACACAUUGUUGAUGGUGUAGUAAAUGCACAGUAUAUCUCCACUGCUGAUAAUCUGUAGGGGAACAUGGGCAGCAGCUUCAUUUAGCAACAAAUUAUUGCAGAACGCAAUUAUAUAUCAUCAGGAUUUCCCAGCGCUGAAUUAUGAACCAUUUCUGUUGAAUGCUUUGUAUUCCUCCACCUUAUGGAAUUCAUAGAAAAGUCUCACAGCCUGCAUUCUUUGUAAUACUCCCUCAUGCUCUUUAUAUCUGUUUUGCA